AUGUCAUAUUCUUACGAGCGCGUUGACCGCAGGAGGCGGACUACAGGAGGUGGUGGCUAUGGCGCAUCUAGCCGACGCUCAACACUUGGAUAUUGGGUUCCUCUCGUCAUGACAGUCACCGUUGCCACAAUUGGUCUUGCAGCUUGGAUCUGGUCAGAACGUCAAGACGAUGAGGACGAAAACAGCGGGGAAGAAAAACCUCCUGGUAGCGUUCCGCCGCCAGGCUACGCAAGCAUGAGUGGUGGGCUACCCCCUGGACCUGGUCCAGCAGGAUUUCAAGGACCGCCACCCUCGGCGCCGAUGGGUCCUGGCGGCUUUGAAGGUGCACCAAUACCACCACCUGAAACAGGUUAUGAGGGUGCAGCAAGAUCUACCGGUGCUGAAACACAAAUCCCAGACGAUGGGACUUUAAUGUCGAAGAUGUCAGGGGCAUUGAAGCGCACACCAAGCCCUCAACAAUCCUAUGACUGGGCCAGCAAGAAGGUCGCAGCUGGUGUGGCAGCGGCUGGAGCUAUGGUAGGUGGUGCCCUCACGACCAUUCGAGAAGGAAGUCAAGAUGAUUACGAGGACCACGAAAGGUGGAGUGAGGAGGCUGAAAGCAGAGAUAAUGGCAAAGAAAUCAAGAGAGGCCUUAAGCGAAGGGGCACAGCAGACGAUUACUUCUCUGGGUCAGUCGAAAUGCCCAAGGCAGCUGUUUUGAAAUCCCGCAGGCGCAAGAAUGUUGCCGUCGUGGUUUCUGCUAUCGAGAUUGGCAGUGACGCUGUGGGAGAAAUAGGCCAGCAUGCUUCCAUCCUUGCACACUUGCCUGAAUAUAUCAAUCCUGAAACCACCCGAGUAUUCGUGCUGAUAUAUGCGCCCGAACUCAAAGCGCAUCCUCUCAGCGGAGCGUUAGCCUCAAGGACAGGCGUUCCUAUGACGCAAGGAUCCACAACAUCAUCCUUCUCCAACAUCAGCCACGGUGACACUCACACCCCAGGAGAGUUUCCCGGUGGAUCACAGGCUGGUCUCGCGAUCGUCGACCCGAAUCCAGUUGACGAAUCUUCAUCACUGUUCAAGACCCUUUACAACCAAGCGUUGGCCGUGGCCGAGAGAGACACCAUGAUUUUGCCAUUUACGACUCGCGCGGGUCAUCUCCACCUUCUUCGAAGCUUGGCUCCCGAACUCGUUUAUGUGCAGGAGUCUUUGUGCGGCGGCGAAGGAGAAAUAGCUAGCAGCCUCUCCGGCUGGGUGAAGCAGACGGUUGUGGGGCUCGUGGAUACCGAGGACGAAGAUGGCUUAAGCAAAGCUCGUGCUGAACCAUGGUGGCAGAAGGAGGAACGGACUGGAUUGGGAAGAUCCGUUGCGGUGGUGGAUAGCUUGAAGAUUGGGGAUGACUGGAAAAGACGGACAGGCGAGCAUGAUUGA